CAGAGGCCCCCACGACCCACCCCGGAGAAGUUGGAGCCGUCGGCCCGGGGCGCCGCCACUGUCGCCGCGGGCGUCGGGGGGCGGCGGAGAUGGUGUCUCCCGCGGCCUCCGCCGGCCGCCUGGGCUCCGCGCUGCCCUUCCUGCUCGUGCUUUUCGACCUGCAAUACCAGGGAGCUGAAUGUGGAAUAAAUGCAGAAGUAGAAAAACAACUUGAAAUGGGAAAGAAGUUAUUGGCUGCUGGACAGCUAGCAGAUGCUUUGUCUCACUUUCAUGCGGCUAUAGAGGGAGACUCUGAUAACUACAUUGCUUAUUACAGAAGAGCCACAGUGUACUUAGCCAUGGGCAAAUCUAAAGCAGCAAUUCGUGACUUAAGUAAAGUGGUUGAAUUAAAGCAGGACUUCACAUCAGCAAGAUUACAGAGAGGACACUUACUGCUCAAGCAAGGAAAAUUUGAUGAAGCAGAGGAUGACUUUAAAAAUGUGCUCAAAUCCAAUCCUAGCAAUAAUGAGGAAAAAGAAGCCCAGACUCAGCUGACAAAAUCUGAUGAGCUACAGCGCCUGCAUUCACAAGCAUUAUCUGCCUACCAGCAAGAGGAUUACGAAGCCGCUAUUUCUCUUCUUGAUGAAAUCUUGGCAGUUUGUGUUUGGGAUGCAGAGCUACGGGAACUUCGAGCUGAGUGUUAUAUAAAGGAAGGGGAACCAAGCAAAGCCAUUAGUGACUUGAAAGCUGCUGCCAAAUUAAAGAAUGAUAACACUGAAGCCUUCUAUAAAAUCAGCAGAAUAUAUUAUCAGCUGGGGGACCAUGAAUUAUCACUCAGUGAAGUCCGGGAGUGUCUGAAACUGGACCAAGACCAUAAGCAAUGCUUCUCUCUCUAUAAGCAAGUAAAGAAACUCAAUAAGCAGAUCGAGUCAGCAGAGGAAUUCAUCAGAGAAGGCAGGUAUGAAGAUGCUAUCAAUAAAUAUGAUUCUGUAAUGAAAACUGAGCCAGAAGUCCCAAUUUAUGCUACUCGUGCCAAAGAAAGGAUCUGCCACUGUUUAUCAAAGAAUCAGCAGGCUACAGAAGCCAUAAAAGUUUGUACAGAAGUACUGCAGCUGGAACCAACCAAUGUGAAUGCCCUGAAAGACAGAGCAGAAGCUUAUUUGCUGGAAGACCUGUAUGAAGAAGCUAUUAAAGACUAUGAGACUGCUCAAGCCAAUAGUGAAAAUGACCAGCAGAUUCGGGAGGGGCUAGAACGUGCCCAGAGGAUGCUGAAGCAAUCACAGAAGAGGGAUUACUAUAAAAUCUUAGGAGUAAAAAGAAAUGCUCGAAAGCAAGAAAUCAUAAAAGCUUACAGAAAGCUGGCAUCCCAGUGGCACCCUGACAACUUCCAGAGUGAGGAAGAAAAGAAGAAAGCAGAGAAAAAAUUCAUUGAUAUAGCAGCUGCUAAAGAAGUCCUCACUGACCCAGAAAUGAGGCGGAAGUUUGAUGCGGGAGAGGACCCACUGGAUGCGGAGAGUCAGCAGGGUGGGGGCAACCCUUUCCACAGGAACUGGAACACGUGGCAAGGAUUCAACCCCUUUGGUUCUGGAGGAGGACCAUUUACAUUCAAAUUUCACUUCAGUUAGAGCCAAGACUGUUUCUGGUGGCUGCUGCUGUUUUCUACUUCACUUGUUGAAAAAUAAAAACUCUCUCAUUCAAGACCCCAAAUCUUAAUUUCUAAUGUUGUCUUACUGCACUAGAAGAAAGCUUCUUUCUUUUAGUAUUCAGAGGGUUUGCUUUGUGGUGAACUUGACAAGCUCAUACUGGUUGGGGGGGUUUGUUACUGCCUAUGUAUUUGUUGUGGAUAUGCAGGACUUGUUUAUUCCUAUGGAUGGAAAAAACAGUAAGAGGCUACUUAGGACAACACUUAAACAUAAAUUUAGGACUCAAGUAUAUGCUUAAAGGUAAAAUGCAUGUAAAUAUUUUUCUGAAUCGGGGCCUAAUAAACACGGAAAGGGUAGUUACCAUAGUCUCUACAUUAACAAAUUGUUAGUCGUGCUCAGCAGAAUGAUCCAUCUCUCAGUAUUCUUCAAAGGAAGCCCUAGUGACCACCUGCUGCUUCACCUGCUGCAGUGCCAUAGGUAGGGUGAAGAGGCUGCGUACUGAAUGAGGCUGAACAAUUGCUCUGAAAGAAGAUUGCUUGUAAGUAAUUGUAUUUGAAAAUGCCUACUCACUUUAUUCGUUAACCUGAAAUGAAUUGGGAUGUUUUCCUUGGCGGCAGUUGUCAGCUAUGAAAGUAAAAAAAUAUACCUGAUGUUUUUUGAAAGACUUGUUCUGAAUGCGAUUUGGGAUGUUUAGGUAUCGUUUUUGAGUAGUUUGCACUUUAACAAAAUACCUGCUUGAGAUUUGAGCAAAAAAUUUGAUGUGACGUUUCCCCGACUAUGCAGCAAUUUGUUACUUCUCUGUACAUGAACUCGGAACCGAUACAGCUUGUGAGGUGAGUGUACUGCGGACUGUAGGAAUACGAUAUUAACUCUAGCCUUACCCUGUAAUACGACUUCUUCAUUUCUGCUGGGUGAUGCGACAGUGAGUUAAUACUAUGUGAAAUUGAAGUAAUUUUAUGUUUUGCAUAACAGCCACAGUACUGCAAAAACAACUGUGUGCAAAAAGAGGGACUAACUUUCCAUUAGCUGCAAGUCUGGUUUAUUUUUUCCAUAUGUGCGUAGCUAAAAUUGGUUGAGUGUAAUUGAUCGAACUGUGUGAAUGCGAUGCGAGGUAUUACCAGGACUGUAGCUGCUAUGGGUAAAAAGUCUUCUCAUUCUGUAACUGAAUAUAUCAUAAUUACUGAUGAGUUUCAGCAGCCGCCAUUUUCUUAGAAUGCAAGAAUUACAGUUCAUCAAUGUUUUCUUGAUUGGAUUUUAACUGGAAAACAAUAAUCGGCUGAUGGGAAUCUUCUCUCACUUUAACUUAUGGCAUUUGAAAGCAUAAGCAGCCUCAGUAAAACAAAUGAAAUUAGCAAAUAAGGCCUUCAGUCUGAAAUUGGGGUUUUUAUUACUGUAAGCGGAAUUGCUGUUGAAGGAUAACCCUUGUCUCCUGCCUCAAGUACUUUACAAACAUAAUUGUGAGGCCAUGUGGCUUCAUAAAAUGUUUUUCAACAGCAAUUUAAAGGUCAGUGUUUGUUCAGCAGAAAUUUAUCUUCGAGCUGAAGAGUGUAUGUAGUGAUUUCUAACAGUUGAUGGUACAAAACCACCCCAGCAGCCUAUUAAAGUCCAGUGUCGGCUACUUUCGAAGUUGAACGACUUUUUGUAGAAGUUCGACUUCCGCUUUUGACCUGUCUGAAAGCUUUUUGUUUAAACUCUGUAGAAGAUGCUCAGGACGCUGUUCAUGCCGUUCUAGGCUAGCGUGGUUCUCGUAGGACCUCUAGGGCUCGGACGUAGGAGCUUGCUGCACAGUAAAUAACCUGUUCCCCCGUGGUAUCAGCCGAUGCAGACUGCUCUCUGCGCAUGUGCUUUUUGCUCACAGUAAGUAAAAGAUGGGUAGGUGGCUUCCACGUACAACGGCCGCUCUUGGUUGUCGUCAGCCCUCUGUCCCUGAGGGGCGAGCCAGACCCAACUGCGCUUGCUGCGGGCUGGGUGGCUGCGGUGUGGUUUGCCGGUUGUACGUGCUUGUGUGCGAGCCAUUGCUCUGUAUAAACACUUUUAUAUUGCCUUGUUCACUAGAGACGGGGCUGUUUUAAAAUUAAUAUUGAAUGACCAGUGUAAGCAAUACGUCACGUUUUGUACAUACAGGAGUGUUGUUCAGUUUCAGGAAGUCACAGUAAACACCGCAGACAGCUAUGUUUGUGCGCUGAGGAAGUGCUAGAAAUGAUACAUCUUCUUUUAAAGGACUACCCUUGGUCAGCUCUUUUGUUCUCAUCCCUCUCCCUUCUCUCUUUGAAAAGCUAUAGCUGAAGAAAUUGUUCCCUGGUUUUUUAAUUUUUUUUUUUUCUUUUAGGGAAGGAAUAGGAUGGUCCCUCAUAUGUAAAUUGUUCAUACAAGGCACUGAUGUUAGAGCAGUGCGGAUUUGUUUCUCUAAGGCAGUGGACUGUUCUGCUGUCCUGGAAGCAGUCAGGAACAAAAAGGAUGAUGCUUAUUUUGAGAAUGAAUGGGAAAGGGAAAAUUACAUAUUAAGGAAAAAAAAAAAGCCUUGAACGUAGUCAGUAGAAGGAGGAGGAUGAUAAAUGCGUGAAUGUUGUUCAUAGAUUCCUUCUGUGGAAAACAGUGUCUUGAAAACGAGAACAAAAAAUGACAGUGGAGAACGAGGCUUUCUGAUGUUAAGCAGCUGCUGACUACAAGAAGUGUUAUCACUCCAGUGCUGGUUUUAAGGGAGCAGAUGCUGGCUUUUAGCUCUAAGGUAGUUGUGAAAAUACAGAGAGACACAGUUGUGUUAAAAAGUAAGCAUUCACGUUUUGAGGAUCUCCAGAUACGGUGAUGCAUUUCCUGAUGUGACUUCAGAAAAUGAAGUGCUGGUAACACACCGAGCGUUAAUGGUGCAGGCGAUGUACAAGGAAGCUGAAUUCGCCUUUUUAUUUAUUAGUGGGUGUCUGUAGUGCAAUAAUGUUCAAUAACCGAACAUUGAAAUAAAUGUCUUGGUAGUUCGUAAACCCUGAGGUGUGCAUGAAACAUCGUUACAAUAAUUGGCCUAUAUGUAGAUGCAAACUUUCUCUGUUGAAUUCUCUCUUUCAGUUUUAAUAAACUAGUUUCCAACUUGUUUUAAAAUGAAGGGGGGUGGGGAGCGUAUUUUACUUGAUACAUGCUUAAUACUGAUGUAUUAAUAAAUCAGUAUUAAAACAGAUUUGAACUGAAUCAUAAACUUAAGAGCUCAAACUUGUGACUUAAGCAGAAAAUGUGUCAGCUUAAACUUAA